AAUUAGUCGUUAUCAUUGGAUCAAAAUUGUGGAUUGACAACUAAGAAAUUUUGAUCAUAUAUCAUUUUCUUCAUCUCCGUGUACACAUUAUCAAAUCAAUAACUUUUUUUUUGUUAGAGCCAAACUAGCAAUUUUUGCCGAUUCUUCCUCCCAUGGCAUCAGUAAAAAUUCUCGAGGCUUGUCAAGUUCCACCGAGUUUCGAUUCGCCUGACUCAGCUAAAGAAUUCUCUCUACCACUCACUUUUUUCGACUUGUUUUGGUUAAGAUUCCCGCCAGUUGAGCGCCUUUACUUCUACCAACUCACUAACUCGACCCCUGAUUUCUUCAACUCGGUGAUUUUGCCCAAACUCAAACACUCUCUUUCUCUCACUCUCCUCCACUUCCUCCCCCUCGCCGGCCGCCUCACUUGGCCGCCAAACUAUCCUAAACCUAUCAUUCUCUACACCCCAAUCGAUGGUCUUCCACUCACCGUCGCCGAAUCCGACGCAGACUUCGACCGUCUGUCGAGUAAUGAAAUGAUUGAUGCCACUGAGUCACAUCCUUACGUCCCCGAGUUGCCUAUAUCUGAAACUAUAUCAGCCAUAAUUGCUCUGCAGAUCACUUUAUUUCCUAAAAAAGGGUUCACCAUCGGCUACUGUAUCAACCACGCAGUUCUUGACGGUAAAAGUAUAACCAUGUUCAUGAAAGCCUGGUCUUAUAUAUGCAAAAAUGGAAACCCUAAUUUAUCACCCGAGUUAGCACCGAUUUACGAUCGAAGCAUAAUCAGAGACGACCCAUCAGAGCUUGGAACAUUAUUCCUAACUCAAUGGGAAAUUCUAACUGAGUCAGAAUCAGCAAAAAACCCUCGAAGCUUACAGGUUUUACCUUACGUAGGAGUUGCACGGAACAAAGUCCGGUCCACAUUCGAGUUAACUCGUGAAAACAUAAAUAAACUCAAGAAAACGGUGUCGUCUAGUUCAUAUUCUUUUUCAACUUUUGUUAUUACGUGUGCUUACAUAUCAGUUUGCAUGGUAAAAGCAAGAGGCGAACUAGAAGAUAAAAACAGAAGGGUCUGGUUCGCAUUUUCAGUGGAUUGCCGGAGCCGCUUAGAACCUCCGGUUCCGGCGAAUUACUUCGGCAACUGUAUAGCUCCACGUGAUUUCAUAACAAAAGCGGAGGAUUUUACGGCAGAAAACGGAGUCUGUGAGAUAGCGGAGCGGGUAAGUGGUAUGAUUAAAGGGCUAGAGAACGGUGUUCUUGACGGAAUGGAUGAGACUUUAAUGACGAUGAAGAGUGUAGAGGCGGUGCAGAUGAUUUCGGUGGCUGGGUCGACGACGUUUCAGGUUUAUGGGUGUGAUUUUGGGUGGGGGAAGCCGAAGAAAGUGGAUAUAACUUCCAUUGAUCGGACCGGAGCUGUUGCAAUUAAUGAGAGUAGAGAUGGUAAUGGCGGAGUUGAAAUUGGAUUAGCGUUGCCCAUUAAUGAAAUGGAAGCUUUUUCUUUACUGUUUGUUGAUGGCCUUAAACAUCUUUAAUAACGUUAGAAAUAAUUAAUAAAAAUUCAUUCAUGAACAAUACUUCGCAAAUGUUAUGCUAAUUGGAAAUAAUUGUAUAAUCCUUUAAUUAAUAAAAAUUUCACUCGUAGUGUUUGAACUUUCUUUAA